AUGAACGAAUGCGGAGGGGGCGUGGAGGUGCCGGCCCACGUGUGGGGGGGCGUGUGUCUGGUGCUGGUGCUGGCGGGCGUGGCGGGCGUGGGCGUGUCUGUGCCUCUGGCUCUCAAAGCCGAUCCCAACGCUGGACACCACAAGCGGCUUGAUCAGGCCACGACGCUCUUGCGCGAGACGCCCCUCGUAGACGGGCACAACGACCUGCCGUGGAACAUCAGGAAGUUUAUGCACAACAAACUUCACAGCUUCAACUUCACGGCCGAGCUCAAGAAGCUUCGUCCUUGGUCGCGUUCCUCCUGGUCCCACACCGACCUGCCCAGGCUCAAGGAGGGCAGGGUAGGUGCCCAGUUCUGGGUCUCCUAUGUGCCGUGUGAGUCUCAGCGCCUCAACGCCGUUCAACUCACCAUAGAACAAAUUGACCUGAUCAAGCGCCUCAUUGACCAGUACCCAGACGACCUCCGCCUCGCCACUUCCGCCGACGAGGUGGAAGCAGCGUUCAAGGAGGGACGCAUCGCCAGCCUGAUCGGCGUGGAGGGCGGCCACGCCAUACAGAACUCCCUCGGCGUCCUGAGGGCCCUGAGGGACCUGGGAGUGCGCUACCUGACCCUCACCCACACCUGCAGCACCCCCUGGGCCGAGUGCGCUAGGGCCAAGGAGACGGACCUAGAGGACCCUGACUCCCCGAGGGGCCUCACUCACUUCGGCAAGACGGUGGUGAGGGAGAUGAACCGGUUGGGGCUGCUGGUGGACCUGUCCCAUGUCUCACAAGCCACCAUGAAGGAGGCGCUGGAGGUGUCCAGAGCGCCUGUCAUCUUCAGUCACUCCUCCGUCUACGCCAUCUGCAAGAACCCCAGAAACGUCCCGGACGACAUCCUGAGGAAGGUGGCUGUCAAUGGUGGUGUAGUGAUGGUGAGCUUCUACAACCACUUCCUUACCUGCAGUGAACAAGCCUCUGUCAAGGACGUUGUGGCCCACAUCAACCACGUGAGGAAAAUCGCCGGAGUUCAACACGUUGGUAUCGGGGCAGACUUCGACGGAGUCAACAAGCUGCCUGAGGGUCUGGAAGAUGUAUCCAGGUAUCCUCACCUAUUUGCAGAGCUGCUGGCCGACUCCUCCUGGACUCUGGAUGACCUGAGGCUACUGGCCGGAUACAACUUGCUGAGAGUGAUGCGAGAUGUAGAGAAG